AGCCGUGGCUGGGGGCGGGGCCCGGCCGUCGCCCCGCCUCCCCGGCGGGCGGGGCCGGGCAGCUGCUGCAGGAGGAGGCUGGAAAAUGGCGGCGGGGGCCCAGAGUUCCAGCAAGGCCUUGGUGUGAGGGAUUCCAGGAGGGCAGUGUGGUCUAGUGGCCAGAGCACUGGACUGGGGGCUUGGGAUACCAAUGUUCUAUUCCCAGCUCUACUACUGGCCUGCAGAGUUACCUUGGGGGUUUUGAUGAAUGGGAUGGAUUACCCACUCGCUUGUCGAAGUGCCGGCUGUGUCCUCUGCAAAAAUGGUGCAGUGUUCUGUCCGACAGCAAGGCCUCAUCUAAGCAUGAGAGAGAACAGAAAUAUUUAUACGGAACCACAGCCAAUGGGAGCUGCGGGGUCAACACCUGCUGGCAGAUUGGCCACUAUUCCUGGCCAACGCGAGCUGCGGGGCCAGCGGUCAGGGCAGGGUGGGGCAGCACGCAGAGCCGCCUAGCUGAGCCUCUGCCUAGGAGCAGCAGGGAUGGGUUGCCCCUUGCGAGGAGCUGCCCGAGAUCUGAAUCACCUCCAGCUCUCUGCGUGCUGCUUCCUGGCUCUGAAAAUGCCUCUGUCCAUCCCCCACCUAGUCUGCCAGUGCUGCUUUCGGUGCAGAAGUGCCACACUGCGGGCAUUUUCUACCACACUUUCAAACUGGUCUGGCCUUAGCAAUUACUAUGACCUGCUGGGAAUCAAGAAAGAUGCCACCAUGGAAGAGAUCAAACAAGCCUUCUUCGCCAAGUCAAAGAAGGAACAGCCACGUGCCUUGUGCUAUCCAGGCCCCACCUCAGGGAAGAGUUACCUGCACCCUGACAUCGACCCCAAAAACCCCGACCUGCACAGCCAGUUCGUCCAGCUGAAUGAGGCCUACCGGGUGCUGAGCAAGGAGGGCAGUAGGAGGCUCUAUGACAGCCAGCGGGCUUGGCACGCAGCCAGGCCCACCGCGGGCAGCAGCCCCAAGCACAGCCCCUUUGACUUCACAGACCUGGGACCCAGGCCUAGUACCAGCAGCCGAGGGCCCGACGAGAACAUGCGCUACUGGGAGCAGUUCCGCACUCACCACGCCGAGGCCUUCUCAGGCACCCAGGCCAAGCAGAGGCAACACUGGAACCGGAAGCUCUUUGGCUACUGCCUCCUCCUCAUGCUGGCCAGCGUGGCCGCCCACUACGUGGCCUACAGGAAGCUGGAGGAGGUGCACACCAGCUUCAUGGACAAGAAAGACAAGCUCAUAACCAGCAUCUACAAUGAAUCCAAGGAGCGGGCCAGGGCCAAUGGCUUCCAGAAGCAGCAGGAGCUCCUGCGCCAGAAACACGCCGAGUUCACAGAGCGUUACCGCAUCCGGCACAGCGGGGACAGCGCCCAGAAGUGACAAGUGCUCUGGACAAUAUAUGGGGGGGACUGUGUGUCACGGAUGCUGUAUGGGGAACACCUCACACACACACUUGUCCCCUCCCUUCAAUAAAUCACUGCCCAUG